AUGGCCGCUUCCCAGGUUAACGGUGAGGUCAACAACGUUGGCCCUCACUCGGCAUUUCUCCAGCACCUGCUCGGAUAUCCCAUCAUCAGCGACGGCAUUGACACCUUCAAGUCCCACGAGCUCGGCCAGCGCUCCAUCAAGCUCGGCGACUCUGCCUACAAGACGCUCGCCUCCACCCCCGUCGUUCCUUACCUGACCAAGGCCUACGGCUACGUCUCCCCCUACAUCACCCGCGCCGACAACUUCGGUGACAAGACUCUCGGCCAGCUCGACGAGCGCUUCCCCGUCGUCAAGAAGCCCACCGGAGAGAUCUACUCCGACACCAAGUCCCUGGUCCUGACGCCCUACACCAAGGGUCUCGAGGGCCGCGACCACGUCCUGACCAUCUACUCGACCGAGGUCAAGAAGAACGGCGAGCAGAAGGCCGGUGUCAUCGUGUACGGAAAGGCCGCCGUGGUCACGGCCCUCGUGGUCAGCAACGAGACGCUCGCAUGGGUCAGCGGGCUGCUGUCGGCCAAGAAGACUCAGGCUACCGAGGUUGUCAGUGACAAGGUCAACAGCACUCAGUAA